CCGGCGCAUACUGUAGACUCCAUCUCGCAGCGCCCCAAGGCAGGCCGCUCACCAGCAGCCGCACCGGCACCCGGUCUCCUGCGCGCCCCAAAUCAAAACCCUGGCAGCCGCGACGCCCACCCCCAGAAAAAUCAUGGCCUCCACUGCGAUCUUCGGAGUAUGCCAUCCAAAUAAUCACACCAGAGGUUCGUUCCUUUUUUUCUGCACCAACCGCCGCCGUUCCCUUCCAAUUUCUUCCUUUCCCUACAACAUCUGCCGUAUCCUUCACCACCAGCCCAUUGCCCCGGCUGACCAGACCCGAAAUCAAGACAUAUCAUACUGGGACCAUCCCACAGAGCCCUCGUCAUCAUCUCUCUUCAAACAGGUCAUGCGCUCCCAAGCAGCCGCCGCAGCCCACCACAACUCGUCGCAAAGCCCGCCCCGCCAGCCAAAAGAAAAUGCUCGCCAACACGAUGGCCCAAACGGGCUGAUUCCACCUCCUUCAGCCCCGCCAGCACUGGUGAGCGCGCUGAAGGGCAUCAACAAUGCAGCAGACCCCCUGGUGACGCUCCGCGAGAAGCCCCGCGAACAUUCCUUUGACUCACCCUAUGCGCGCUCCGCAAACUCCACCGCGCCGGGGUCGCCACGCAUUCCGCCUGUGCGCCAAAACUCCGGAAGCCAAACACCGCGGGUGCGGCCCCACGCCACCACACUGAGCAUCCCAGGCAUGACAAGGUCGAGGGUGUCACCAGAUGGCAAGAUCGCAGAGAGGGAUGUUGCUGCCAAACUUGUGAUCAUCAUGGUCGGUCUGCCUGCGCGGGGCAAGUCAUACAUCACCAAGAAGAUCCAGCGUUACUUGUCAUGGCAGCAGCACAACACCAAGAUCUUCAACGUCGGAAACCGGCGGCGGAUCGCUGCCGGCCAGAAGCCGCCAAAGGCUACCACUACGUCUGAUGAUACCAAGAGCGUUGAUGGCCGGCUGCAGGCUGCCACCAUCUUGCUGAACGGCGUCGCUCAGUCAGCCUCGGAUGAGCCAACAGCCCUGGACCUGAACGACUCGAAUGACGAGAGAACGGUACAUCCGCACAGUGACCCCACCAACGGCAACGCCGGCGAAGGCCAUGAUGUUAACAACCUUGACCAGUCUGCAAAGUUCUUUGAUCCCACCAAUGCAACAGCUGCCCAGCUUCGUGAGAAAGUAGCCAUGGAUACCCUGGACGAACUACUCGACUACCUGGUUAACAGCUCUGGUGCCGUUGGAAUCCUGGACGCUACGAACAGCACAAUCGCGAGGAGGGAGUUGCUCGUCAAGAAGAUCCGAGAGAGAGAGCCAAAACUGGGCAUCCUCUUCAUUGAGAGUAUCUGCCAGGACAAGAACCUCUUGGAGGCCAAUAUGCGCCUCAAGCUUUCCGGACCCGACUACAAAGACAAGGACCCGACCAAGUCACUGGAGGACUUCAAGGCCAGGGUGCGGGCGUACGAGAGCGCGUACGUGCCGCUUGGUCAGUACGAGGAGGAGAGGGACCUUCAAUACAUCCAGAUGAUAGAUGUCGGGCGCAAGGUCAUACAUCACAGGCUGAAGGGCUUCUUGAGUGGGACCAUUGCCUCGUACUUGACGACAUUCAACCUGGCGCCCAGGCAGAUCUGGAUCACCCGACAUGGCCAGAGCGAGGAUAACAAACUCCAGAAGAUCGGCGGCAACUCUCACUUGACAGAACGUGGCCAAUGCUAUGGAGCGGCGCUCUACAACUUUAUGACAAAGAAACGCCAGGAAUGGUUGAUAGACCAGAAAGACAGACUCGCUCAGUCCUCAUUUCCCCCCAAGGCCGGAGAUGACACCCCUCCAUAUCCGGAAAUGUACCACGAGCUAAACCAGAAGAACUUCUGCGUCUGGACAUCCAUGCUGCAUCGAACCAUCGAGACAGCGGCAUAUUUUGACAACGAUGACGACUACGAUGUCAAGAAUUGGGAGAUGUUGAAUGAACUCAAUGCGGGGACGUUCGAGGGCAUGACCUACGACGAGAUUGCGGUCAAGUAUCCGAACGAGUACCAGAAGCGCACUGCCGACAAGCUCAACUACAUCUACCCCGGUGUCGGCGGGGAGGGUUACCUGGCGGUCAUCUCCCGGCUGCGCGACAUGGUCCGGGAGCUUGAGCGGGUUACGGACCAUGUCCUGGUAAUCAGCCACCGGUCGGUAUGCCGUGUGCUGAUGGCGUACUUCAUGGACCUCUCGCGAGAUGGCAUAGCCGACCUCGACGUGCCACUCGGUAUGCUCUUUUGUAUCGAGCCCAAGCCCUAUGGGUAUGAGUUCCAUGCGUACAAGUACAACGAGCCAGCAGGAUGGUUCGACGAGCUGCCAGAUUACAAACCACAAAAGGCGACUGAUAGAAACAACUGAGACGGCGUGAUGGAUUGUGACCAGACUUGAUACACUGGCAUGUACAUUUACAGGGCGGCGGUAGUCUGGCGUUUUCUAGGCGGCGGGGACGGUCAGCCUGCAUUUCUUGAGCGGGCCUUUCGGAUUGUGCGGCCAUUGAUAGACAGACAUUAGAUCACAGCUACAGUGCUCAAUGCUACGGGUCUUCUUGGAUCAGCAUACUGCCAAACACAUAUUGAUGAAUGGGGACAAAAGCCGUAGGCGCAGAAUUGGUGGGACUGUACUGGUCGAAAGUGGUAGGCCAGCCGCGACACACUAGUGGCCACCGACAAGAGCUGCCCAAUAAGGCGACUUGGGGUGAGCAGCCCAUGGAGAAAGGUCAUGUGCAAAGCUGUAUGUAGGUCGGUUUCCACGAUGCAUCAUCUCGUCCAGACUUGGAGGCCGCCCCAAACCCCAAGAUUCAGUUCGAGGGUUGCAUCAAGCCUCAGCCUUACGGCACCGCCCCGCUGGGGCCCGAGAAAAGCUUAACUUGAAAAGGAAGGUCCCUGGGCC